GUCCCUCAUCAACAGCAAUAUGUUGGACCUGGAUGCAGCAAAGAAACAGACAACGCACAGACCAUGUGAGGAGGUGUGAUUCUUUUAACAAUGGACUAAAACAGGAACUCUAUUACUGGACAGAAACAGUGGACCUCCACCAUCCUGCCAUGGAGGCGUCGACUCCAAGAAAACAACAGAAACCAGCAUACGGACAUCACAAAAAAGAGACCUCAGUUGGCCGCCCGCGGUUGCCCCGUCAGUCCACAGCAGACAGCCUCAGUGACGAGGUCGCUCAGCCCAGGAAGCUGAACGGUUCCUCAGUGGAACCACCGAGCUACCAGAACCUGCACCGGGAGCUGCUGCUCAGCCACAAACGGGGCCUGCUGGAGGAGAAACCGGAGCUGACGCGAGUGUUGGAGCAGCGCAGACUGGACCUGCACAAGGAGGAGGAGUUGGCUCAAAGGAGGCCCUCGGAUCUGGAGAUGGAGCUCCGCAAGAGGCAACUGAAGAUGCAAGAGUAUGAGCAGGAGGAGAUCAGGCGGCAGGAGAACGAGCAGAAGAUCCCGGAGUUUAUCCGUGUGAAGGACAACCUGAGGCGGACGCAGACGUUUGAGCCGUGAGGCAACGAGGCUCCCAUCAGCCCCUGCAGCAUCUCACCAUAGUGGCCCUAUUUUUAUGUUCUCUGUCAGCUGAGUUACAUAUAUAUAUAUAUAAAAAAGAAACAUCACAGAGGCACCAGAUCACGAUACAUCGCUUAGUGAAUUUUAAAUUACAUUUUGAAAUAUCAGAAUUUGUUUAAUCGUGCAUAUAGGAAACACAUAUUUAGAAAUGUCUUCUUAAAACGUUGUAACAGUUUCUGAUGAGGAAGUGGAGGUACUCGUUUUUUAUUCAUAACUAUGUGGAUCAACAUUUGUUGAAGGAAAGUGGAUGGAUAUUUUUUAUGUUUUUUUAUGGCCAUACUUUUUAUUUUUUCAUCUUCUCAUGAGACUGUUUUGAUGUUUGUUAAGUGGAAGGGCCACAUCAGUCUAAUUCUUUACUUCCUAUAAGACCACUACUCGAGACAUUUCUCAACAGAACUCUUUUGUAUUAAUAGGAAUCCCCCACAAAUGUGUGUGUUUGUGUAUAUGACUUUUAGUGUGCUGUGGAAAUAAAAGCUUUAUGGUUUGCAGAGAUGUGUUGUUUUGUUGGACACGACUCAAAGAAGCGCUGGGGAUUGAUUUGCAUGCCGCUCUUCUCCCCGAGGACUUCUUUCACAUGGAUAUACGGGACUUUGUUUAAUUAGCUGAUCUUUUCAUUCCAUCACGGGACGAGAGGAGAAAGCACCGGCCAUCUGGAGGAGGCUUUUCAGGAUAUAUAGACGGGGAAUACCCAAGGGCCUGGUUAAGACACUGGAGACAUUUGGGAUAGUCGGGGAAGCCACUGGCUGAAGGCAAAUAAAAACAGCCUGUUUGUUAUUUCAGCAUCACAUUUAGAUUAUUUUAGUCAAUGUUCAAAAUGAAAACCACCAAUAUAAUAUUAUUUAUUGGUAGACGAGUAAAACAGUAGUUGGUUGUCUUAAUAAAAACUCAACAAACAUAGGUUAUGUUACCCCGUUUUCAAAAUAUAAUUAGACAGUAAUGACAUUUGCCUUUCACUUCUAAAAAACAAAAAACAGUUAGUUUUGAGCCAUAUCGCUCUCCAUAGUACAGCAUCUCGAGGACAAGCUUUAUGUGAACGCGCGCCUCCCUCGCCGUUUGGACGGGGGUGUUGCUAGGGGGACACAUAUCUUGAGGGGGAAACUGUACUCGACACAACACCGGUACUGCAUACCGGUGAGUACCGGUGUUACACCGAAAUCCGUGACCUGCAGGGGAGCCAGCAACAUGAGGUCACCAUUUCUGA